UUAUUCAAGAGCCCACUGCGGCCACAUGCUCAGAACAAGUCCUAAGCCUAUUUUCACCGGAAAUGUUCAAGUUUCUCGGUGUCUGCUGACGGUAUGUCGAUAUUUGUUGUUUCCUCACAUUAGUGUUACAUUGUUACCUCAGAAUAGGGUUUUCUUUGAGCUCAUUUCCCUGUGUUUGGUUGGUCUGUGUCGUAGACUACUGCCCGAUGUAAACACGGGCUACGCGUACAUGCUGAUGAAGCAUUUAGAUACAUCGGAAACCCCUAACGCCGCGGGUUAUAAAAACUGCUUUUAAGACGUUUUAUUUAUUGUUGUGUGGUAAAUGCUUAUUUUCGAUUCUUUCGCAUUUGCCGUUUUAUGUUACUAUAAUGUCUUGGUAGAAAAAAUGGCGACCUCCUCGUUUUGUUUUGUUUUUUUACAAUUUUUUUUCGGGCUGACGAGCUCUCAGCUAUCAAUCCGGUUUUUCCAAUGGUACCUGAAGGUAGCACAGCUGUCAGACUACAGAUCCGGAGCAAGGCGGUAAGAACCAGCUCCGACCCUACUGAGACAGAGACACCAGGCGGAUCCUGACACCGUGACGCUGUUUGUGAAACAUCGCAGUGAUGGGUGGAGGUGGACCUGCUGUGUGCUCAGGUUUACCCUCACUGACGACUCUCUGCAGGAUGAGAUAACCAGGUCCACUCUGAGCUCUUCGAGGCUGCAGAGAGUUCAACACAGCUGCCAAAAUCAAACAAAGCUUGAUUCUUGAAGUCUCUGUGAUCGUGUCAACUAUGGAGACCUGUCAGGUGACUUUGGCUGUAAGAGGAGAAACAUCCCCAGGUGAGGUGAUUGCAGUUGUUGGGGACUGUGAAGCCCUGGGAAGCUGGUGCCAUCAGAAAGCUGUGAUCUUACGCCCUGAUAGUAACGAGGGAAACACGUGGACUACAACAAUCACUCUACAUAAAGGAGUCGUUUCCCAGUACCGCUAUUUUAAAGGCUUCUUUCUCGAGUCAAAGAAUUCAACCCAUGGUGGCUGACAGCCGUAAAUGGGGAUCGGUGACUAUUCCAGCUCUAAUCUUUCUCACACUCUGCUCCAAAGACAGCUGUGAAGCUGGAAAAAGUAGUGCUCUGUAUCUCAUGUGAAACCCUAACAUUGUACCAAACAUUGGAAUUGCAGAGUGCAAGGGGUCCCAGUCAAGUGAUAGUCAAUUUUUGGGAGACCCAUCAGCAGCCUCGCACGAUGAGCCCCACAGGCCAGAUAAUUGACGAUGGACAUUUUGGAAAUUACAACGGGCUGAACUGUGUGGACUCUGGGUGGCUGACGUGCCAGACAGAGAUUCGCCUGCGUCUGCACCAUUCUAAGGCGGCACCGGUUUCGAUCACCAAGAAGAAAUUCAAGAAGUCUCGCUUCAGAAUCAAGCUGACGUUAGAGGGCUUUGAGGAGGAGGAGGACGAGGAGGAGGAGGAGGAAGAUGUCCUCAGUCCGACAGCUUGGCUCAAGAUGACCAGCACUCUCGAGAUCAGUAUGAUCAGUGCCAACGGCUACAAGUCCCGCCACUCGCAGCCUGAGUGUGGGAACACGUUGGAGCCCUCCCAGUGGACAGAGUACAGCAUCCACACUAUGGACCCAGACAACCUGGAGCUCAACUUUGAGUUCUUUGAGGAGGAUCUGAGUAACCAUGUCGUCCAGGGUGAUGUUCAUCCAGGACAUGUGGGCACAGCUUGCCUUCUCUCCUCCUCUUUUCGGGAGAGCGGUAAAGACCAGGGUGUUGCAACGCUUCCCAUAAUGGGUCGAAACUCCAGGCAGACCAUUGGCAAAGUCAGAGUUGACUACCUGGUGAUCAGGCCCAUCCAGGGACUGCAGUGUGACAUGAGCUCCUCCUUCACCAAGUACUGGAAGAAGAGAGGUGCUCUGAAUGUGGGUCACAGGGGAGCUGGCAGCACACACACAGCUAAACACCAAAGAGUCAGGGAGAACACAAUUGCCUCAUUCAAAAGUGCUGCCAAGCAUGGUGCAGCCUACGUGGAGUUUGAUGUCCACCUCUCUAAGGACGCUGUUCCAAUUGUAUACCAUGAUCUGACAUGCUGCAUAUCCACCAAGAAGAAAAAUGACAAGACUUCUCUGGAGCUUAUUGAAGUGCCAGUCAAAGACCUGACCUUUGAUCAGCUGCAGCUUCUGAAGUUGGCCCACGCCACUGCGAUAAAAGAAAACAGCGAUAAAGAUCUCCUGGAUGAUGAAGAGGAGAUCGAUGAGCAUCAGCCAUUCCCCUCUCUCUCACAGAUCUUCCAAGCUAUCCCUGAGCAUGUGGGCUUCAACAUUGAACUCAAGUGGAUCUGCCAGAUGAAGGACGGGUCAUGGGACGGCAACCUGUCCUCAUACUUCAACAUGAACACUUUCCUCGACAUCGUCCUAUCCUGUGUGCUGCAGAAAGGCGGCAAAAGACGCAUCGUCUUCUCCUGCUUUGACCCAGAUAUCUGCUCCAUGGUGCGUCAGAAGCAGAACAAGUACCCCAUCCUCUUCCUGACUCAGGGAAUUUCCGUGAAGUAUCCUGAGCUGAUGGACAUCCGCUGCCAGACCACUCAGAUCGCCAUGAGCUUUGCCCAGAGUGAGAACAUUCUGGGGAUCAGUGCCCACACAGAGGAGCUGCUAAAGAACCUGUCCUUCAUUGCGGACGCUCAGUCUAAAGGUCUGGUGGUGUUCAGCUGGGGAGACGAGAACAACGACCACGAGAACAGGAGGCAGCUGAGAGAGCAGGGAAUCGAUGGACUCAUUUAUGAUAGCAUCUGUGAGGAGCAAGGAGAGCAGCCAAACCUCUUCCAGAUAGAGGCGCAACACUCCCUGCAGGAGGUUAUUACAGAGGAGACCAUGGUGAGCUGCUCCUGCUACUCCAUCCCCUGCACCACGGGCCCCUGCAUCGCCUCCAAGGCCCGGGCCAGCAGCGCUGAGUCCGACUCUGGUCUUAGUUCCUCAUGAACACCCCUAAGCUCCUACCUUUAAAUGGACCUCACUGCACAUGCACUCUCAAUAGGACCAAGGCAGGAUUGUAUUGGUCUAUUUAACAAAAUAUGACCCGAGAGAUCAGUUCUGUGUAUUUAUUGAGACAUUGAUUGGAAAUGAUUCACGUCUUGCCCCCAUUCACACAUUGAUCACGAGUAAAGCCACCAAACGCAGCUCCACACCACUGCACUCAGUUACAAAUUGGUUUUGUCUCGUCUCUUUCCAAGGGUUUUGUUUUUUUAUGCACAUUAAAUAAAUCAGUGAAUGUUUUGCCAAAAUUUAAUGCAGCCAUAUAUUUGAUUUUUUUUGUUUUUGUUUUUGAUGGAGACGGUGGCCUGUUUAGAGGUCUAAACUGGGUUAUUCAGAAUAGUGGGACAUUUUUAAAAUGGCAGAUUAUAUUCAUGUUUAUUUUGCCAAUAUCUUGCAAUGUUUUAAAGAUGAUGUGCUAAAAUGUAUGUAAUGCGUAUUAUAGUUUACAAAGGAAAAAGCUGAACUGAUACUUAGUCAUAAAAUAUAUGCUGAUUCAGGAUCAUUCUGUUUUAUGUUCUCGGUGCAUGUAGCCAUUACCUGAACUCAUUUUUUUUUUUCAUGAUCUCAAAUAGCAACGAGUAGUAGCUACUCUAGUCUGCUUUAAGUUAUGAGACGCAAAGAGUGAAGUGGGUUCAUUGUGCAUGCUUCAUACAGUUCUCUGGAGGUUAUAUGCAUUUAAAGAGUGUGUUAUAAUGAAUGAACACAUUUUGCUUCAAUGACAACAUGAUUGAUACAUGUAUUUUUUAACUGAACUUCAAACUCCUGCUUAUAGACCUUAAAAGUGGGAUUUGUCAAUUCCAUCCUGCACACUGGAUGUACUCUUUCUGUUCUUUUUAUCUACUUGAUUUGGGGAACAGCAAAAUCAUGUUUUUUUUAAAAAGUGCACAUGUAUGCUGCAGCCUUAAGGGGGAAAUGUUUUUUUUUUUUUUUUGAAAUCACCAAUACCUCACCCAUCAGUCAUUAAAAUAGACUUGACUAGAGGUGUUUGUACAGAAUGAACAAUUACACCUCUCUCAUAGAAAUCCUGUUUAGCUUCACAUCCCUUAUACUUAAAUUAGAAUGAUGAAAUAGAAUAGUGCUACAUCUAGGACUCAGCCCACCAGAUUCAUUCAUAGUAUGCUGUCUUGAAUACUUUCAUGUUUCACAAACCUCUCUCAACAAUCUUAAAAUUGAGUCUUGCAUGGACUGUAUAUCUGUCUCAAUGAAUAUCAGGGCAAAUUAUUAAUCUAGUAUGAAGUAUUUAAAUCACCUCUUCAGGAAAAAGAGUAUAUGAUGAUGAUGUAAAUAAAAUCAAAACGUAUAUUUGUU